AUGGUCGUCAAAAACUCUGAAGUAAAGAUCGAAUACGAUCCCAAGAAUAUGCAAUUUCGUCGUCUUGGAUCAUCUGGGCUCCGUGUACCCGUCUUUUCUUUGGGUGGAUGGCUUACUUUUGGGGGAACCGUCAAGGGUAUCAAUAUGAUCGACUUGGCUGAGGUAUAUUCCAACGGUGAGAGUGAGAGAGAGAUUGGACGCGUCAUCGAGGAACUUGGUAUUCGCCGCUCUGACCUAAUCCUCACCGGCAAGAUAUUUUUUGGACUCGGCCGUAAAGGACCAAACGAUCGUGGGCUAUCCCGGAAACAUAUUAUCGAAGGCGUGAAUGAAACACUCGAACGCCUGAGGACCGAUUAUGUUGACAUUGUUUUUGCGCAUCGCCCCGACCCAACCGUACCAAUGGAAGAAGUCGUCCGUGCCUUUAACCAUGUUAUUGAAACCGGAAAGGCGUUCUAUGGGUGGAGUGCACGCCAAGUAGAAGAGGCUCAUCAUGUUGCAUCCAAGCUUAACCUCAUUGCACCGAUCAGCGAACAAGUCAAUAUCACUGCCUGCACCGUCAACGCUUCGAAUCCGAGUACCAGUAAGUACCUCUUCGAUAAAUACAACUAUGGUACCACGAUCUGGAGCGCGCUGGCUAGCGGCCUACUCACCGGAAAAUACAACGACGGGAUUCCCAAGGGUAGUCGUGGACAAAAGAAGAUCGAAAAGGUGAAAGAAUUGACUGCAUUUGCUGAGAAGGAACUCGGUGCUCGGUCUCCAACUUGGCUCUGGCGUGGGCAGCCUCUCACCCUCAUGUAUGCAGCAUCUACCGUCAUUCUUGGAGCUACAAAACCUGAGCAAGUCAUUGAUAACCUCAAGGCGUUGGAGAUCAUCAAGAAAAUUACGCCAGAGACUUGGGACGCCGGUCUCCGCGUUCCCGUAUUCUCGCUUGGUGGUUGGCUUACUUUCGGGGGAACGGUCAAGGGUGACCCUGUGAAAGAAGUCGUCAAACUGGCAUUUGAGAACGGAAUCAAUAUGAUCGACCUUGCCGAAUCUUAUUCAAAGGGAGAAAGCGAACGUGAAGUGGGGCGGGUUAUUGAGGAGCUCGGCAUUCGUCGCUCGGACCUUAUUAUUUCGAGCAAGAUAUUCUUUGGUCAAGCUAACAGGAAAGGACCUAAUGAUAAAGGUCUCUCUCGUAAACAGUAUGCAAUAAUAUUUCAGUGGCUACAGGAGCAAGCAGCGACUUAUGUUGCUGACUACAGUGUAAUCGAGGGCAUGAAAGAAAUUUUAGAGCGGCUCCGGGUCGACUGUGUAGACAUUAUCUUUGCACAUCGCCCCGAUCCUACGGUACCGAUGGAGGAGGUGGUUCGGGCGUUCAAUCAUCUCAUUGAUACAGGAAAGGCAUUCUAUUGGGGAACUUCGGAGUGGAGUGCCCGUCAAGUCGAAGAGGCGUAUCACGUUGCAGCCAAGUUGAAUCUCAUUGCACCUAUCGCGGAACAGGUUCAAUACAACUGUUUUCAUCGUCAACGCUUCGAGUCCGAGUAUCAAUAUUUAUACGAGAAGUAUGGGUAUGGUACCACUAUAUGGAGCCCUUUGGCUAGUGGAAUUUUGACCGGAAAGUAUAAUAACGGGAUUCCAGAGGGUAGCAGGUUUGCGACCAACGCAGACUUCUUCAAAACUAGGAUUGAAGGCCUAUCAAAAGAAGAGGGGCUAAAAACUUUGGAUAAGGUGAAGGAACUCACCAAGUUUGCUGAAGCGGAACUGGGAUGCUCCGUAACAAUCCUUGCGCUUGCUUGGGCUGCAUCUCAUCCUAAUGCAUCGACUGUCAUACUCGGUGCCUCAAAUCCAGAACAACUGCUCGAGAACCUUAAAGCGCUGGAAACCCUCAAGAAAUUUACUCCUGAGGUUCGCGAAAAAAUUAACAAAAUUCUCGAUAACACUCCUGCCCCGGAGCCCAACUUACGUCCGCUGUAG